CCCGCGCCCAGCCAUGAUGCCCGGCCGCACCUGCCGCAAGGCUGCGCCGCAGUCCACAGAGCGGGAAGCAGUGAGAGAGUGCGCGCUGCAGCUGCGCCGGAUAGGAGACCAGUGCCACCUGCACCAGAAGAUUUUGAGUCUCAUUGCAAAACUUUUCCGCCCUGGAACGUGAAAGCUGCCCAGGAUGAUGGCAAGGAGAAGCAGCAGGAAGAAACCCAAAGAUUUGGAAGAAUUCGUCUUUAGAAAGCUGGAAGAAGAAACUUCAAUGAGACCAAGGAGAUUAAGCUCCGUGUAUUGUUUGUUGCUGCCUGCGGAAAGGCCGCUGACUUCUCCGGAGAGCUCGGCAGAAGCAGUGGCCAACAUGGGGGGAAAGGAAAAAAAAAAAAUCGCAUAUUACGGUUUAUUGCCGUAUUGCAUAUUACGCAUAUUGCCGUUACCGAAGCGAGCAGUGCCUGGAAAUGGCCAAGACACGCUCGUGUUUUCAUCAGUGUUUCCUGAUUUCUUGUGUUGCUGCUGUCUACGCUGUAUCCUGCAGCCAUGGUCUGUUGCUGAGCUUGUGUCACCUCAAGCAAGAAGCAGGAUGCCAGCAAUUUCCAUUCAUCAGACUGGGCUGUACAGUGAAGAACUAGUUCCUCGGCUCUUGACUCUACUCAUUUUCUAACAAGUAAAAUAUAUUGUGCACAAAUCUGGUGUUGGGACUGUUUCUUUUUUUUUUUUUGGCUGACUAUUGUGUACGUUCGCACUGAAUUGUUACUUGUUAUAAUACAUUGCUUGAAUGACUAAAUUUGUAAUUCUGUUAUUAUUAUUGUUGCUGUUAUCAUAGUCUGCUGUAUGGUUGGUGUGCAUGUUCGAGGUACGUCCCCACGGCUAUGGAAUGAGUGUUCUGUGAAUUUUAACAGCAUGAUUUUUUUGCCUGGCCGUGCAGAAGAGCGCUGUUUAACUCAUUUUAUAAAGAAUGCAUUAAAAUAGGUCCAAGACAGUACAUGCUUCAGAGCACAAUGACAUGCUUUGCUCAGACAGUAAAUAGGCACCUUAUAUUUAGUGUAUCACUGAAUAAGAAAGUGAAUGUUUAAGUGUGUAUUAGCAAAAAUGAGAUUAUGGAUGUAUGUUUGUGUUUGGUGGAAGGAUUCCUUCACAGGAGGGAUACUUGAGUAGAAUAAGCUGUGAUUGUAUUAUUUAUUUAAAAUAUAUAUGUUUACUCUCAAAUUGGAGAGAAAGUUGAAACCAAAACAAUAAUUUUUUCUGGAAAAUAACUUUUUUCCCAAAGAAAAAAACUACCUCUAAGAGAAAUUGUCUAUGCAAAUAAAUGAUAAUGAUAUAGGAGUUACAGAGUAGCGGGUUUGGGCUUCUAAGCAGCUUUGAUUGAAGAUAAAGUAGAAGGAAAAACUCAGCUUUUAUUCACUAGCACCCUCAUUUCUCUUCUUUAGUGAUGGAGGGGCUGUCAUUUUUUCCUCAGACAUGGGAAUGUAUUACUAAGGUGCUUGUCUGAAAAAAAAACCAAAACUUUACUACGAUCACCUCAGUGGAAUGUUUUGUUUUGCACUUUUGGAAAUUAGGAAGUAACUUUUCUAUUCUGUUUAAAUGUUAUGAGCCAAAAUACAUUCAUAUAGGAUAUUUGGAAAAUGCUCAUAAUUCACAAAAUAUUGGAGACUGCCUGGAUUUGACAUUCAGAGAUGUCAAAAUGUCUGCUUUUGGCUGAAGGGAGCAGUACGAAGAAAAGGAACUAGAAUUCACUGUCUUGCU